AGGGUAAAAUGUAGGAAUUUUCUCUGGUAUCCACUUUAUGUUUUAAUUAUUAUUUGGGGUAUAGGCGAGGGUCACUUUUUUAAGUGUUUUCGGAUAGGGUCAGGUCAAAAUAUAUUUUACUGAAAGGAGGGCCGUAAUUUUCAUUUCAGAGAUCCAAUUUUCUCCAGGUAUCCCUAAUAAAUAACAUACAGUCCAUUAUAAAAAAAUAUUUGACACAGCUACGCAAAAUUCGUGGCAGGAACAGACAUACGGAAACUAGACAGCACUUAUUAGCUGUAUUCAAAAUACAGAUUCUCUCCCUUUUAAAAUGGUUGGCAUUUUAAUAACCCACAUAUUAGGAUUUGCUUAUCCCUUCACAAUACGGUAGUUUAACUGGGGAGAAUAAAGGAAAAUUCAAUGCAGUCGUCGGCAUUUAGGAAGGAUGUUAAGUAAUAUCCGUGGGUUUAAACCGGGGAAAGUUAUUUCCUGAGGUUGACCAGGAGUGAGUAAGUCAUGCUUUGAGCUCUCACACCAACCCAACCAGUAGAUGUUUUUCACGACUAAGACAGUUGGUGCCAUUAUAGAACAGCUCGGAAACAAAUGAUAAUGGAACCGUCGGUGAACUCUCAGAAGGACGACACUGGUGCAAUGGAGAGCUUGCAGGCCCAGCUAGCAGAUUGCCGAGUGAGCAAACAGGAGGAGCUGGGAGAGCUGCAGAGACAGUGUGACCAGGAGAUGCAGUCUCUUCAGGAGGCCCUCAGAGAGACGGCUUCUCAGUAUGAGGCUAGAAUAUCUACUCUGCAGUCUGAGCGUGCCCAGUGGAGGAGAGCCAGUGUGCAGUCUCAGGGCAGUAUAAAGAAGGACGGGGUGGAGGCAGGAGCUAUGCAGUCCGAGGGCCAGUCGACAGAAUGGGAUAGCCAACCAGCGGAGGCUGAGGGAUCAGGGGAGGGUGAAGGGGCAGGGCUGGAGGGCUAUUUCUCCCAGAACUGUGACUUCGCCUCUUUCUCCUCCUUCUCCUUGGACACGCCCUCACUGCCCCGCCGCCAACCCUCCCAGGAAGACACCGCCUCCCUGGUCUCCACGGGAACCCUGGUGCCCGAGGCCAUCUACCUGCCCCCGCCUGGCCACCGUCUGGUCACACACACCGAAUGGGACUCGCUUAACACACAGGUUGUGGAGCGGGAGGGAGAGUUGGGUCGACUGAGGGAAGAGAGGACCAAGCUGGAGAGCGAGCUGGACACACAGACUACUGAGACACACAAACACGUCUCAGUUCUCCAGUCUCAGGUUCAGACCUCCGAGGCCCUCCUACAGGAGCUGCAGAAGUCUUUCAACCAAUCACAGAAUGCCAUCCAUAGCAGGCUGGCAGAGCUGUCUCUCUCUCAGAGGAGGGUGUGUAACGAGCUGUCCAGGCUAAAAGGGGAAGAGAUGGUUGGGGCAGGGGACGCCAACACACCCCUUGGUCCUACACUACAGGGGGCACACAGUGAGGAGAGGCUGCGUAUUGAGAUCGUCAAUCUGAAGGAACAACUGGAGACCCGCGUGGAGGAGAGCGAAGUUUUACAAGUGCAGCUGUCCAGUCUGAAGACCGAGAUGGAGCGGGUCCAGUGUCAAAAGGAGACGCUGCAGUUGGAGCUACAGAACGGUCGCACCGAGCUACAAAGCCUCGGCGUGGCGCUCUCACACCUACAAGGAGACAGCAAGACUCUCAGCCAUGACAAGGCGUCCCUCCAGCAGCAGUGUUUGGAGCUGCGUAGCCAGAUCAUCCGUAUGCGUUCUCAGGUGGACACCAGCCAGAUGGUGCAGAGGGACUUUGUCCAGCUUUCACAGUCACUGCAGGUGAAGCUGGAGUUGAUCCGUCAGGCUGAAACUCUGGACCAGGUCAGGGACAUCUUGGAGGAGGGGCUUCCUGAAGGGGGUGCCCCACCCACUGAUGCCACGUGAGUCUAUCAGAGCAGCACAACAGAGCCAAAGCGACGGGAGAAACGGGAAGUAUUCCAAGGGUGACCAAUAAGAACGAGGCUGGACAUGAAGUGCAACCGUAACCAUGGAGAAAGACGUGACUACUAUCCCCGCUUUCAAGAGGAGUGGGCUUAGCAAGGCACUGAAUUAAUCACUGAUAGACAAAGCACCUUUCCUUCCAGACCACUAAUAAUGAGUCAGAUCUUUGCUGGCCUUGUUCAGGCUAAUCCUCUCCAACAUUGUGAAUCACCACCUCAGCUUGUAAUGUGACUUGGAAUAUUUGUACUUUGGAGCUGUUCAAUGAUGAUAUAUUUUUGGUUGCACCUUGACUUGUUGCUUGAGCGCCCUCCACAUCUUUCCAUAUUUGGGAGUUUAAAAAAUGUAUUUUCUCAUGUUCAAUGACCAAACAUUCAUUCGAAGACUGGCCUUAACCCCCUUUUUUAACUGGACUCAUUGAGAACUUGAAUAUUUGUAUUGAAGUUCCUGACUCGACAUUCCCGCCAGUCGGAUGUGAUGAGAAACACUCCAUUACUGCUUUAGUGGAAGUCACUAAAAUUCAAUAUGUUGAAAAAAGGCCAGUAUCUACUGUAAGUUAUGAUACUUCUGACACAUGGAAAUGCACACACUCACCCACCUCUCAGGACCAGUGGGCACUUUGUUUGACUUCCAAUCAUUGAUCUAAAAGCACUGCCCUUGUUGAUACCAGCGAGUAACACUAAACUCUAAACAACCAUUCCAGUGACACAAUUACCUUUAUACCUUUUUUAGACUUUACCACAUUUUAAAAUGAAGAAUAAGAGAAGAAACCUGUAAAUGAAUUUUGCAUUCUCUUGUUGAUACUAAUUGCCUUAAUAUAUAAAUAUACAUUGAAAAACUA